GAGAAGUCCUCAAAGUACAACAGUUGUUGGCACUUGGCAGUUGGCAGUAGCACCAAAGGAGACCUCGACUCGAAGGCACCGCGCAGGAACUCCAUCGAACAAACGACGCGGACGGGACGGCAGCUCGAAUCCGCGCGUGCGAGGCCUCGCUCCAGUUCGAUUCGACUCCCUUCUCCUCCGCCUCCUCCAAUUUCCUUCGCGGAAGUGAAAAAUGGGUGACAAUUUAAUGGAGAAAGUUAACGCUCUUGGUGAACGUCUGAAGAUCACUGGGUCGGAGGUCAGCAAGCAGAUGGCGGCCGGCAUGAGCUCCAUGAGCUUCAAGAUGAAGGAGCUCUUCCAAGCGCCGACUCCGGCGGACAAGAUUGUUGAGGACGCCACCGCGGAGAAUUUGGAGGGGCCCGAUUGGUCCGCCAACCUGGAAAUCUGCGACUUGAUCAACACGGAGAAGGUCAACAGUGUGGACCUGAUUCGUGGGAUCAAGAAGCGGAUUGUGCUGAAGGAGGCUAGGGUUCAGUUCCUCUCCUUGUUCCUUCUUGAGACCAUUGUGAAGAACUGUGAGAAGGCCUUCUCGGAGGUUGCAGCAGAGAGGGUUCUCGAUGAGAUGGUCAAGUUGAUUGAUGACCCACAGACAGUGGUGAAUAACAGGAACAAGGCCCUUAUGCUGAUUGAAGCGUGGGGAGAGUCUGGUGAUGAGCUCCGGUACUUGCCAGUCUAUGAGGAAACCUACAAGAGCCUGAAAUCAAGAGGUGUGCGGUUUCCCGGACGUGACAAUGAGAGCCUGGUCCCGAUAUUUACUCCACCACGCUCAGUUGCUGAAGCUGAAGCUGAUGCAAACUUCUCCCAACAGACCUUUGAAGAUGUGCAUGUGCACACGUAUACUGCCGAGGAAACAAAGGAAGCUUUUGAUGUAGCUCGUAACAGCAUGGAACUUCUUUCCACUGUUCUUUCAUCUUCCCCUCAGCAGGAUGCUUUACAGGAUGACCUGACAACCACUCUUGUGCAACAAUGCUACCAAUCUCAACACACUAUCCAGAGAUUCGUUGAGACAGCUGGAGACAAUGAGGCAAUGCUAUUUGAGGCCUUGAGUGUGAACGAUGAGAUCCAGAAAGUGCUAUCCAAAUAUGAAGAGAUGAAGAAACCCAUGAUAUCUGAGCAUGCAGAACAGCCAGUGGUCAUACCAAUUGCCACAGAGCACGAAGAUUCUGCAACAGUUGGCAAUGAAGAUGCCCUGGUCAGAAAACCAGCUGGUUCUCGUGCAAUGUCAGGUGGAGAUGAUGAUAUCCUCGAUGAUCUCGAUGAGAUGAUAUUUGGCAAGAAGGGAGGAAGCAGUUCCCAGGAAGUGCCCAAAAGGCAGGAUCCAAAGAAAGAUGACUUAAUCAACUUUUAGAUAGCGUCCAAGCGAGUUACAGAUUUCCUCAUGGGAUUGGAACUUCAGAAGAUGUCUCUGCUGCUUUAUACUGCUGAAUGAUGUCUGUAUUCAUCCAUUAGAAGAUUACACGAUCCAGUUAGGAUUUGAGUCUCUUGUUUAUUUGCAUAUGAUGAUACUUGUGCUCCAGGGUUUGUUCAGUCGAGAAGUUGCUGCACGCUUCUCAUCAGUUUGUUCAAUUGAAAAGUUGCUGCACGCUGCUCAUCGUCUGGUUUCAUGGUUUCAUGCAUUGGAUGCUGAAUUAUUUGUUGAUGGAAAAUAUGUUCAGUAUAUGAAGUAUGUGAA